AUGGUCCUGUCAAUAACACUAAGCGCAAAGAUCAUGCACACCCACACCGAUAUCCCCUCCGAGGGUGGCAACGCUCUGGACGCCAUCAGGCAACAGACCAGCAAGAUCGAAGACUUUCUCGAUUCUGCUGCCGAGCCAGUGAAGCCGUACAUGCCUGCAAUCGGCCGGUUUCUCAUUGUCGUGACGUUCCUCGAGGAUGCGCUGCGCAUAAUAACACAAUGGAGCGACCAGAUUCUGUACCUGCACGACUAUCGCCACAUUCCCAACGGGCUCACCCAUCUCUUCCUAAUCGCCAAUGUUCUCGCAAUGGUCGCUUGCUCCGUACUCGUCAUCGCCCGCCGUCACUCCGAAUAUGCCGUCGCCGGUCUCAUCGGUGUUGUCGUGACCCAGGCUCUCGGCUACGGCCUGAUCUUCGACCUCAACUUCUUCCUGCGCAACCUGUCUGUCAUGGGCGGUCUCCUGAUGGUCCUGUCAGACUCGUGGGUCCGAAAGACCAAGGCCUUCGCCGGCCUGCCCCAGAUCGAGGAGAAGGACCGCAAGAUGUACUUCCAGUUCGCUGGUCGUGUGCUUCUCAUCUUCCUCUUUGUCGGCUUCGUGUUCAGUGGACAGUGGUCCAUCUGGAGGGUACUCGUCUCCGUCAUCGGCCUGGUCGCGUGCGUCAUGGUUGUGGUUGGAUUCAAGGCGAAGUGGAGCGCCACGCUGCUGGUUUUCAUCCUGAGUGUCUUCAACGUCUUGGUGAACAACUUCUGGACUCUUCACGAGCACCACCCCCACAAGGACUUUGCCAAGUACGACUUCUUCCAGAUCCUCUCCAUUGUCGGCGGUCUCCUGCUCCUGGUCAACAGUGGACCAGGCCAGUUCAGCAUUGAUGAGAAGAAGAAGGUGUACUAG